AUGAAACUUGAAAUUUGCAACUACAGCGGAUAUAAAAUAUAUCCCGGACACGGUAAACGUGUUGUUAAGAUAGAUGGCAAAGUCCAUAUCUAUUUGAAUUCUAAAUGCCAGCGAUCGGCUGAUAUGCGACGAAAUCCUCGUCGCGUGACGUGGACUGUUUUAUACCGUCGUAAACAUAAGAAAGGCGCAGCAGAACAAGAAAUCAAGAAACGUACACGCCGUACUGUCAAAUUUCAACGAGCUAUCACCGGCGCAACAUGGAAUGACAUUCUUGCUAAACGUAAUCAACAACCUGAAUUCCGUAAAGCUCAACGACAAGAUGCCAUCAAUGCGGCUAAAUUAGCAAAAAAAGCCAAAACACAACAGAAAAAAGCUGCUCAAACUGCUGGUGUUAAAGCUAAUAAACCAGUGAAGAAGCCUGAAAAGAUCCAAAAGAAUAUCCCCAAGGCUGGUCCGAAAAAAGGCACUCAACGCUAA